GCAGCCGAAGACGACAGAAGGAUGAGAUCCAUGUACGCUGGGACCUACGGCGGAAGUCCAGCAAGUUUGGGGACGCUUGGUCCGAGGCGCGAGUACACAUCUGCCUCCGGAGGUCUCGCCGCGCCUUCAUACAGUGGCACCUUCGGUGCGCGAUUCAGCUCGAAGCUGACACCCCAGGAGAAGGAAAUUAUCGACGUUGCCUUCGAGUCGUUCAAAGACGAGUCGGGCUACAUCACAACAGAGCGGCUAAAGGAGGCCUUCGAGGCCAUUGACCAGCUGGGAGACAUCAGUGACAUUCAGAUGUUGCUGGAUAGCAUUGACCAAGACGGUGACGGCAAGAUCGAUGAGGAUGAGUUCCGCCAUAUCAUGACACGGAAGUUCCUGGGUGAAGAUGACGACGCUUCUUUUGUCCAUGCCUUCGAGAUGUUGGAUGUCAACAAG